GUCGGAUAUAGUUAUUUUCCUUCUGAAGUUUCUCCAUGGCGGUGGACACAAAGCACUGAGACCGUGGAAGUCUGCGUUAGGGCAAGGACAAUAAUUCUGGAAGGAACAAACGCAUUAUUAAGGAGAAGCAAUUGAAAGUUUUCCGUAUGGUUUUACUUGUUUUUAUCAAGAUUGCGGUAACUGGGUAGUUACCAAUAAGUUUAAAGUUCAACGGUGUAAUAGAGGGAUUCGUGUAGUUGUAGCUUAAGUUUGAAACGGCUUUUAGAAUAGCUGAGAAUGGGUUGGUUUAUUCAAGUUUUGUUUUCAUUUACUUGUUUGGCUGUCUUCAGCCACAGUGCUAUGGAUGAAUGCACUGACGAUUCGAGUCGUCCUCAGCGAUGCAUGCCAGAGUUUGUCAACGCUGCUUUCAAUGUCACUGUGGUAGCUACCAAUACUUGUGGCUCUCCACCAGAAGAAUACUGCGUACAAACCGGGGUUACGGGGGUCACCAAGUCGUGCCACAUUUGCGAUGCCAGGGAUCGCAGACAACACCACAGUGCUGUGUACCUCACCGAUUACAACAAUCAACAGGACACCACCUGGUGGCAAAGUCAAACUAUGUUAGCGGGCAUCCAGUAUCCACACUCAAUCAAUCUAACUCUUCAUCUUGGCAAGGCUUUCGACAUCACUUACGUGCGACUCAAGUUCCACACCAGCCGCCCAGAGAGCUUCGCCAUCUACAAGCGUACAAGUGAGGAUGGACCAUGGACGCCUUACCAGUACUACAGUGGCUCCUGUGAGAAGACCUACCAGAAGACCAACAGGGGCUUCAUCCGCACCGGACAGGACGAACAACAGGCCCUCUGCACAGACGAGUUCAGCGACAUCUCACCCCUGACUGGAGGAAACGUCGCCUUCUCCACCCUUGAAGGCCGGCCCAGUGCUUACAACUUUGACAACAGCCCAGUUCUUCAGGAAUGGGUGACUGCCACAGAUAUCAAAGUGACCCUGAACAGGCUCAACACAUUCGGAGAUGAAGUUUUCAAUGAUCCCAAGGUCCUGAAAUCCUACUACUACGCUAUCUCAGACUUUGCAGUGGGAGGAAGGUGCAAGUGCAAUGGCCAUGCGAGUGAGUGUGCGAAAAAUAACGGUUUCGGCAAGCCGGUUUGCAACUGCAAGCACAACACGGAGGGCGAUGACUGCAAUGUGUGCAAGCCGUUCUACAACGACCGUCCCUGGAGGAGAGCUACAGCCAAUAACCCUAACGAGUGUCUGCCAUGCAACUGUAAUGGCAAGAGUGCAGAGUGCUACUUCGACCCUGAGCUCUACCGUGCCACCGGCCACGGAGGACACUGCCGCAACUGUGCCGACUACACAGACGGGCCCAACUGUGAGCACUGCCUGGACAACUACUACAGAGACACAUCUGGCACCCGCUGCCUGCCCUGCAGCUGCAACCCAGUAGGCUCUCUGGCUACUCAGUGUGACAGCACAGGACGCUGCAGCUGUAAACCCGGUGUGAUGGGGGACAAGUGUGACCGCUGCCAACCUGGCUUUCACACGUUGACCGAAGCAGGCUGCAGACCUUGCUCCUGUAACCCUUCCGGAAGCACACAGGAGUGUGAUGUCCAGACAGGCCGUUGCCAGUGCAAGGACAACGUGGAGGGCUUCAGCUGUGACAGGUGUAAGCUGGGCUACUUCAACAUGGACCCGCAGAACCCUCAGGGUUGCACGCCGUGCUUCUGCUUCCAGCAUUCCUCUGUCUGUGAGAGCGCUGAAGGCUACAGCAUUGACACAGUCUCCUCCACCUUCGACCGAGAUGAUGAGCAGUGGACAGGCCAGCAGCGUGACGGCUCCAGUGUUUCAGUCCAGUGGUCCACUGGUGGGGAGAUCUCCCUCAUCUCCGAUGACUACUUCCCAAUGUACUUUGUGGCUCCAGAGCGAUUCCUGGGCAAUCAGCUGCUGAGCUACGGCCAGAACCUCACCCUGAACUUCCGGGUGGACAGGAGAGACACACGUCUCUCAGCCGAGGAUGUGGUUCUGGAGGGGGCUGGUCUCAGAGUGGCUGUGCCUCUCAUUGCUCAGGGAAAUGCCUAUCCUGGAGAGAACAUGCAGACGUUUGUGUUCAGGCUCCACGACAGCACAGACUACCCCUGGAGGCCCACCCUCACUCACUCAGAGUUCCAGAAGCUUCUGCACAAUCUGACGUCCAUUAAGAUCCGUGGCACCUACAGCGAGAAAAGUGCUGGUUACCUUGACGAUGUGAAGCUGAUCACGGCGAGGAGAGGUCCCGGGAGCCCGGCUCGCUGGGUAGAGAAGUGUACCUGCCCUCAAGGCUAUGUGGGACAACACUGUGAGAGGUGCGCCCUGGGAUACAGGAGGAGCAGACCAGACCUGGGGCCCUUCAGUUCCUGUGACUCCUGCAACUGUAAUGGACACAGUGACACGUGCAACCCCGACACAGGGAUGUGUGACUGCCUACACAACACAGCUGGGCUCAGUUGUGAGAGAUGUAAAGAUGGUUACUAUGGAGACUCCACUGUGGGGAGUUCCAGCGACUGCAAGCCCUGCCCCUGCCCUGGAGGAUCCACUUGUGCUGUUGUGCCCAAGACCAAGGAGGUUGUCUGCACCAACUGUCCUACUGGAACCACAGGCAAGCGCUGCGAGCUGUGUGAUGACGGUUUCUUCGGAGACCCACUGGGGGGGAACGGGCAGGUGAGGGUCUGUCGGGCCUGUAAGUGUAGCGACAACAUCGACCCCAACGCUGUAGGCAACUGUGACCGAGAGACCGGGGAGUGCCUCAAGUGUAUCUACAACACAGACGGCUUCUUCUGUGACCGUUGCAAAGAGGGCUUCUAUGGAAACCCGCUGGCCACCAACCCCAACGACAAGUGCAAAGCCUGCUCCUGCUCUCCAUAUGGCACAGUGGACAGACAAACCAGCUGUCUACAGGUCACAGGCCAGUGCCAGUGUUUCCCCCACGUCACCAACAGGGACUGCAGCGCCUGUCAGCCUGGCUUCUUCAACCUGCGGAGCGGAACAGGCUGUGAACAAUGCAACUGCAAUUCUAUUGGGUCCACCAACGGUCAGUGUGACAUCGGUUCCGGUCAGUGUGAAUGCCAGCCCGGCGUCACCGGUCAGCGCUGUGAACGCUGUGAGGUCAACUUCUUCGGCUUCGGAUUGUCAGGCUGCAAACCGUGCGACUGUGACCCUGAGGGCUCCUCGACAGCCCAGUGUAAAGAAGAUGGCCGCUGUGUGUGCCUUCCAGGCUUUGUGGGAGCCAGGUGUGACAUGUGUGAGGAGAACUACUUCUACAACCGCUCUACUCCCGGCUGCCAGCAGUGUCCGUCCUGUUACUCCCUCGUCAGAGACAAGGUGAACCAGCAGAGACAGAAGCUGCAUGACCUGCAGACUUUGAUUGACAACCUGGGCUCCAUGUCAGAGACUGUGAGUGACAAGGCGUUUGAGGACCGACUGAAGGAGGCAGAGAAAUCCAUCAUGGACCUACUGGAUGAAGCUCAGACCAGCAAAGAUGUGGACAAAGGCCUGCUGGUGCGCCUGGGGAAACUGAACAGCACACUGACCACUCAGUGGAAUCGUUUGCAGAACAUCAGGAACACCGUGGACAACACUGGAACCCAAGCCGACAAGGCCCGCAACCGGGUCCGAGAAGCCGAGAACCUGAUCGGCCUCGCCCGCGAGGAACUGGAUAAGGCCAAGGAUGCCAUCAGCAAACUGGACAUCAAAGCACCCUCCAUCAGUGGAGAUCCUAACAACAUGACCCUUCUGGCAGAGGAGGCUCGCAAUCUGGCCGACAAACAUAAAAUGGACGCGGAUCAAAUUGAGAAGAUCGCAAAAGAUGCCAAUGACACGUCCACCAAGGCUCUCAACCUGCUGACAAAGACUCUAGAUGGCGAGGGCAAGACCAACCAAGACAUUGAUGAGCUCAACAGGAAGUACAACGAGGCAAAGGACCUGGCCAAGAACCUGGAGAAACAGGCCAACAAGGUGCAUGCUGAGGCAGAGGAGGCAGGCGACAAAGCCCUGAAGAUCUACGCUAACCUGACAAGCCUGCCACCUUUCAACACCAAAUCACUGGAGGACGAAGCGAGCAAGAUCAAGAAGGAAGCGUCUGACCUGGACAAGCUGAUUGACAAGACCGAGAAAGAGUACAACGACUUGAGGGACGAUCUGCGAGGGAAGGAGACUGAGGUCCGCAAGCUGCUGGAGAAGGGCAAGACGGAGCAGCAGACUGCCGAUCAGUUGCUGGCUCGUGUCGAUGCUGCCAAGGCGCUGGCUGAGGAGGCCGCCAAGAAGGGGAGGACCACCUACCAGGAGGCCCAAGACAUUCUGGGAAAUCUGAGAGACUUUGACAAGCGGGUGAAUGACAACAAGACGGCAGCUGAGGACGCCAUGAAGAGAAUCCCAGAGAUCAACGCUACCAUCAUCGCGGCCAAUGAGAAGACCAAGCAGGCUGAGGGGGCGCUAGGCAACGCAGCUGCAGAUGCCAAGGAGGCCAAGAGCAAGGCAGAGGAGGCAGAAAAGAUAGCCAGCGCUGUGCAGAAGGGUUCUGCUAAGACCAAGGCGGAUGCAGAGAAGGCCUUUGAGGACACUAUGAUGCUGGAUGGGGAGGUGAACGGCAUGAUGGACCAGCUGAGUGCAGCCGAGGCAGAGCUGGCCAAGAAGAAAGCUGAGGCCGACCAGGACAUGAUGAUGGCUAGCAUGGCAUCGGACAAUGCGAAGGAAGCGGAGGACAACGCCCGCAAAGCCAAGAGUGCUGUCAGGACCGUUCUCAACACCAUCAACGACCUGCUCAAGUCACUGGGCAACAUUGACAAGGUGGACCUGAGCAAGUUGGGCUUGAUUGAGGGGUCACUGAAGCAGGCCAAGGACAAAAUGGCGAACAGCGACCUGGACCGCAAGCUGGCGGAGCUGAAUGAUGUGGCCAAGAGCCAGGAGGAGAUGAUCACCGACUACGACAGGCAGAUCAGGGAGAUCCGGUCUGACAUCGCCAACCUCAACGACAUCAAGAACACUUUACCUGACGGCUGCUUCAACACCCCAUCCCUAGAGCGACCUUAACCCCCUCUCUCUCCACCACCUGUACCAUCCUUCCUCAUAUCCCGUCUGUACCGCUCCUUCCUCAUAUCCCGUCUGUUCCGCUCCUUCCUCAUAUCCCGUCUGUUCCGCUCCUUCCUCAUAUCCCGUCUGUUCCGCUCCUUCCUCAUAUCCCGUCUGUACCGCUCCUUCCUCAUAUCCCGUCUGUACCGCUCCUUCCUCAUAUCCCGUCUGUACCGCUCCUUCCUCAUAUCCCGUCUGUACCGCUCCUUCCUCAUAUCCCGUCUGUACCGCUCCUUCCUCAUAUCCCGUCUGUACCGCUCCUUCCUCAUAUCCCGUCUGUACCGCUCCUUCCUCAUAUCCCGUCUGUACCGCUCCUUCCUCAUAUCCCGUCUGUACCGCUCCUUCCUCAUAUCCCGUCUGUACCGCUCCUUCCUCAUAUCCCGUCUGUACCGCUCCUUCCUCAUAUCACGUCUGUACCGCUCCUUCCUCAUAUCCCGUCUGUACCGCUCCUUCCUCAUAUCCCGUCUGUACCGCUCCUUCCUCAUAUCCCGUCUGUACCGCUCCUUCCUCAUAUCCCGUCUGUACCGCUCCUUCCUCAUAUCCCGUCUGUACCGCUCCUUCCUCAUAUCCCGUCUGUACCGCUCCUUCCUCAUAUCCCGUCUGUACCGCUCCUUCCUCAUAUCCCCCCUUCCUCAUAUCCCGUCUGUACCGCUCCUUCCUCAUAUCCCGUCUGUACCGCUCCUUCCCUCGUGUAACACUCGGGCAGAAUGCCACCUUUUUACCAAAACAUUUUUUUCUUUCUUUUUUUUUCUUUGCUUUGUCUUUGUUUGUCUUUCUUUUUUUUUUUUUUUACAAGAGAAGCUAAGUUUCAUGGUUUUAAAGAAAGAGAAGAAGCCGCUUUGACAUGCAGAAACGUGAAAUGAACUAAGGGCAGUCGACAAACAUGCAUCCAUUCUCCUUCGGUGCAGCAGGUUAGGAGAGGUGUGGCAUACCUCGCUCCCGAGUAAUGAAAACCCACAUGACUGCACCACCUCCAGACUUCCUACACUUCUACGUGGAGGACCGUUACACCGUCUUGUUUCAUCACAACCUAAACCACCCCGAAAGAAAACAAGGAGAAAUGUCCUCAGCCUUUUCCGAUGGGUGCAUGUCAUAUGAUAUAACAUUUGUUUUAUUUGAUAUGAUAUCUAACAAGUUAUCCUUACCCAUCAUUCUAGACCGAAGGGCAUGCUGGGAAUGGUUUGUCUGUGAGAUAUUUUUUAGCUAUAGGUAUUUUUCAACUUCCAGUACAUAUUUGCCAUCCUUGGUGUUAUCAACCAUUUGUUUAAAAAACAAGCAGUGAAGGAAUUCUCACAAGUUUAUACAUUUUGUUUGCCUUCAUUCGCUUCCAAAGCUACAUAUAUUGCAUGGAGAAAGUAUUCCUGUUAUUACACAUUUUUACAGUAUUCAACUCUACUGCACAUUCUGCUCCAUACCCACAUUAAAUAAUACUACAGUUUACUAUAGAAUACUACAGUACUUCGUAUAGAAUUCUGUAGUAAAGUGUAGUGUACUAAACUGUACUAUACUAUACUACACAUUGCACUACAGCAUUUCCCAAACUCUGUCCUCUGUCAUUUCCCAAACACAGCUGAUUCAAAUAAUCAACUCAUCAAGCUUGGAUUAUUUGAAUCGGCUGUGUAGUGCUAUGGCAAAAAUACAAAAAUGCACCCCUUGGAGUCUUCAGGACAGAGUUUAGGAAACGCUGCUGUAGUAUAUAACGAUCAUUGGCAGUACUUAUUAUAGAAUCGUGUAGUAUACUAUAGUAAAUACUACAGUAUACUAUGGACCACAAAAAUACUACAGUAAUAUCUGCAGAAACACUUCAGUAAUUACUGUAGUGUAUAUAUAUUACAGGAUUUAAUUUUUGUCUACCCUGCCCAUUCCCAUAUCCCAAUUUGUGGCACCAAUAAGUUACAAGCCUACGUUUGGUAUCGUAUAGAUUAUAUAUUGUGUUCCCUGCAGGUUAUAAAAAGGAGCAGAAGCUCUGAACUGUCUGUUCAGACCUCAGUCCUAUCUACCUACAGGUAUGGUAAAUUUUCUUUUGUGUAUUUUUCCAAGUAGGUUUCCUCAAGGAUAUCAUGUCAAAGAUAAUAAAACAAAAACAUUAUAGUAAAUACUACAGUUAUUUCUGCUAAAAACACUACAGUAAUUACUAAUAUAUACUAGUUUUUUCUUACUAGACUGUUUACUAUGAACAGUAAAUACUACAGUAUACUACAAUCAUGUCUGCAAAACUACAGUAAAUACUACAGUAUUCACUGUAUUUUUACACUACAUUCACUUUUCACUAGUCUUUUUUUCACUCUACUGAAUACUACAGUAAAGUCUCCAAAAACACUACAGGGAAUACUAUAGUAUUUAACGAUAGUAUACCUUAGUAUUUUUUCAUGUGGGCAUGCACAACUGAAACGCUGUUAAAUGAAACCAGCAAGUGGGUCUUUAAAAUGACUCUAUUUUUGACAUUUGAGACUGUCCUCUACCGCCCAGUGAAACAACAUGGUUAAAUAUAAUUGUGUGUAAAAAAAAAAAUAUAUAUAUAUAUAUAAUUAACACUACAAAUCUUGUUUUUUUUGUCUGAUGUUUUUUCCUCCCUAAGCUGCUGCUUAAAACAGGUGUAUUGCAAAUCACACAUUAAUAUUUUUUAAGACAAAAUUCUACACUAUGCAACUUUGUACAUUUUGCGUAGCAAGACUUUAUCUGAUACACUGGUGCUAAUAAUGAUUUCAAAUGUUAUAUUUUUGUGUGAAUGUUUUUUAUUAUGAUAUAGAGUGAGGAAAUAUUAUUUGUGUAAAUAUAUGCUUAAAUGAUUCAGGGCUGGCUGAUUGUUAAACCCAAGACCCAGCGGCCACCUCGUAUUGGUUCUAUCGCAAAAAAAUCAACAAACCUCCACAUAAUAUAUAAAUAUAUAUGAUAAGUUCUGUGGUAUAAUAUGCUUGCUUGUGUACAUGGCUCGGUGUUGUUGCCUCAUAGCUCUGCCAUUAUUAAUUUGUGUUUAAUUAUCUGUGGGUGGUCACCAAUUAAUUGAUGAAUGCUUUUAAAACGAGAUCAAAACAAUGCUUUUAAGACACCUUUAUCCUUGACUGAUAACUUCAGGACUGUGUGAGGGAUGGCCCUAAAAGAAGCCAUCGGUCUACAUUAAGCAUAUCGUUUCAUUUUACUGAAUUUAAAUCGACUCCCAAGAAAAUAGUAGUUCACCAUUUAGUGUUGUCUUCUUAUCUGGUCAAUAUUCACAUCACUUAGUUCCUAACGAGGGCGUCACGAUUAUCGCACACAUUACGUUUCAGACCAACAUUCUUUUCACACAUAAUUGUCUCCUCACACGUUCGCUACUCGGUGUCCUCGCAUUUCAGUAGAACAGCAGGGAUUUUGUUGAUGGGUCCAGAACAUCAGCCAGCCAGCCAGCCGCGAUACAGUAAAUGAAUAGGUUAUAACCUGGAGACCACUCAUCCUUCCCAUUCAACAUCUCUCACCCUCAAUACACCAAUACUCACUCCUUUCCUUAGCCUGCCUUCUAUCAUGUUAUUUGUUGGAUAGUUGUUAGCUAACCUUUUACCCACAAUUUUAUAGAUGUGGCAGCGGCUAAAACGAUGUACACUGCAUUGAACCAUCUUCUGCCGUCUCUUAACCCUCCAGGCUACCACACUGCUGUGGAAGAAUGUGCAGCACAUACUGUUUGAUGUAUAAAACAGUAUUUCUAAUUUAUAAUGUACUCAAGUAUUUGUAUUAUUUUGUUGCAGUAGAUGAUGAUAUGUAUGUGUUGCACAAUCUUGUUGUGGUCAUUUGGCUAUGGAGGGCAUGUUCUGUUGUACAAUAUAAUACAAAGGCACCAAUUCACUGCAACGUUUAAUUUGUGAGGACCUGAGAAAACCCUGUUUGUGACCCAAUUGCCUGUAAAUCCAAUCGUAACAUUUUAAAUAAUAAAACAAAUAUUACAGGAA